AUGUUUCCAAAAGGCAGUUGCUUGGCAUUCCAAAAACAUAUUGGAAGUGCAACAAGACAAAUCAGACGAAACGCUAUUCAACGGCAACAACAACAACAACAACAACAGAAUCGCCACAAUGGAUUCUUGCCCACAUUCGCUUCGCCUUCCCUGCUCUUGAAGAGAGUUCCCCAUCCACCAGCUGGAACGACGACAACAUCAUGGCAAUUGCAUCAAUCAUUCACAACAACAAAUGACGGAGACUCUGGUGAGAAUUCUACCCAAAACCCAAUAUCCUUGAAUAUGGAAAAUUUGUACCGUGAAUGGACCUUGGAGCAAGAUAAACUGCUGUGGGAGAACAAGGACUCCAAAUCGAUCAUUGAAUUGGCAUCUUUGCUCGGAAGAGGAUUGAACGGCGUGCAAGCCAGACUCAGCAAACUGCAAGACCUUUCCAGCCCUGCAUAUGAACGUCUCUUUGUCACUGGACGCAAUGGAAAGAACUAUUCAAACAAGAAUGGCGACGACAGUGCCGACAACGAUUCAACUGGAAAACAAAAGUUGGUUCCAGCAGGGGAGGUCUUGCGACGAAUUGAAUACGACUACCGAUUACAGGAGGAAUCUUCCAACUUUUUCGUUUUGCAUUAUGACCGUGUCGACGAUGUUGUUGUGGAAUCUCCUCUGAAUGCCCCCAACGAUAGCAUUCAGGGGUCCGCCACCAUGUUGGUCAACGCUUUGCCGGAACACCGAAUCGUCGGCAUCAAGUACAAGGAACGAAUUGUCUGGGACCGUGCAGAACGGCUGGAUUUGGUCUUUAGCAACGGUGACGAGGGAGGCGGAAUCUACCACAUUAUUGACACAUAUGGCGAUUGGAAGGCAGAACAAGAUAGGGUAGUGGAAUGGAAUCGACAACGACAAAAGUUCAUUGCCCAGCGCAUUCAGCACAUACUGGGCGCGGAACACUACAAGUCCCUCCAGCAGCAGUCAUCCGAUAUCAAAAAAGCCUUUGGUGACGAUACCAUUUCAAUCAAGUCCAUGGUGGAAGCCUACGUCCAAAGUGUCUUGAGUAUCUUUCGGAGCCGGCGACGUGAAUGUGAGUCGUCGGACACGCCGACCACAGGAGGUGAAAUGCAAGGUGAAGAGCCUUUUGACAUUCCACAGACUGAUUUUGAAGCACUAGAAGAAUUCUCCGAGCUCGUUGCUGUCUUGCCAGACCCUGAUCUACGGUCCCUCUUGUUGACGGAGAUUUCACUGGUGAUGGAUCGGUUGGAGGGCAAAGGGUCAAAAAAGAAUGGUGGUACUGCGGGUGCUGGUCGUAGAGAACCGCUUGUGUUGUUGGAAGAAGAACUCUCCGAACGCUUUGUCCGCGGCAGUGGUGCGGGAGGCCAAAAGAUCAACAAGACGUCCAAUCGCGUCGUGUUGGUCCACGAACCAACCCAACUCAAGGUGGAAUGUCAGGACACACGAAGUCUCUCCCAGAAUCGCAAGAUUGCACGAAAACGCUUAUUGGAAAAAUUGGACGAGCACUUUCAUGGAAAGCAAUCCAAAAUUGGUUGGAAGAAUCAAAAGGCAGUCCAAAAGCGACAAAAGAGCAAGACAAAAAAUCGGGCCCGUCAACGCAAGAAACAACUUGAGAAGCAAGAUGAGAAUGGAGACGAAAUAUAG